AUGCAUAACGGACGCGUUCGUGCAGAUAAUGCCAUCGAUUUCAAUAAUGUCAUGAUGACCGAUCAUCAAACCGUACAUCACAGCCGCCAGUCUCUGGCGGAUUUCACUAAUUCCGCCUACAAUGAAUCACAACGAGAACUUCUAACAAAUUCUAAUCAGUGUCGCAUAUUUCUAGACAAAGUUUUCAAUGCAAAGAAUUUGAAACGUCAUAUGCCGAUAUUUCAAUGGUUACCGGUUUAUAACAAAGCAGACUUUAUCGGUGACUUAAUAGCUGGUAUAACAGUUUCACUGGCUGCCAUACCCCUGGCGUUGGCUUUUGCCGGUAUUGCAGGUCUACCAACAGAGUUUGCUCUUUACAGUUCGUUUAUGGGUAACAUCAUCUAUACGAUAUUUGGAUCAUGUAAAGACAAUAUUGUUGGAUCUACAGCCAUUGCAUCGCUGCUGACACUGCAGGUAUGUCAUGGCAAUUGGCAAAAGUCGGUGCUGUUUACCCUACUCUCAGGAUUAAUAGAACUCAUUAUGGGUUUGACACGUUUGGGUUUUAUUAUUGAUUUUGUUUCUGGUCCCGUGAAUGCCGGCUUUACCAGUGCUGUCGCCCUAAUCAUCUUUACAUCACAAAUCAAAAAUAUUCUCGUAGUCAAAUCCACGGGAAAUUCAUUUCUACAAAAUUGGAUAUCAAUGAUAAAAGAUAUACAUAAUUUCCGUACAAGUGAUACAAUAUUGGGUGUUGGAAGUAUUAUUGUACUGAUUAUUUUGAGAUAUAUUGGAAAUAUUAAAUUGAAGGCGAAAGAAGGCGAAGAACUUUCAAGAACACAAAAAGUUUUUAAUACGAUAUUUUGGUUUUUGGGUGUUUCAAGAAAUGCUCUAUUGGUGUUUGUCACCGCCACAAUUGUGGGUUAUAUGGAACAUAUGGGGAAAAGUUAUGUCCAAUUGACGGGUUAUAUUCCAUCAGGAUUUCCUCCAGUAGAAUUUCCAGCUUUGUCUGUUGUCAAUGGUAAUGGAAGCUAUGUCAGUGAGGCAGAGUUGGAGAACAAUACCGAAAGUUUUUGGAUGUUAUUACAAGAAUUUGGAAGUGGUUUGCUAGUGAUACCACUGAUAUCCCUACUGGAAACUAUUGCUGUUUGUCGAACAUUUGCUAAUGGAAAACCCGUGGAUACCAAUCAGGAAUUAAUUACCUUGGGCUUGGCGAAUAUUACAAAUUCCUUUGUUCGUGGAUAUCGUAUCAACGGAGGCUUGGCUCGAGGUUCAGUGAAUACCGCCAGUGGUGGCAGAACGCAAUUUGUUAAUGUCUAUGUAAGCGUUAUAGUAAUAUUGGCCUUAUUAUACUUGGCCGAAUAUUUCUAUUAUAUACCAAAGGCAACAUUGGCUGCCAUAAUUAUAGCAGCUGUACUAUUUCAAUUACAAUAUCAAACUAUAAAACCAAUGUGGCAUAGUAAAAAAUCCGAUCUCUUCAUUGGUUUACUGGCAUUUACGGCAUGUCUGGUGGGUCCUUUAAGUGUUGGUGUAUUUGUGGCAAUUACCAUCAAUAUUUUGUACAUUCUAUAUCAAUCGGCCAGACCUGAAAUAAAUGUAGAUUUGGUUAAGACCUCCACGGGCAAGCAGUUUUUAAAAAUCACACCCGAUCGUUGCCUUAUAUUUCCCUCAGUCGAAUUUGUCCGCAACAAAAUUGUAAAAUCGGGACAAAAAUACACCAUUCCUGUAGUAUUCGAUUGCACGUUUAUAUAUGCUGCCGAUUUCACCACUGCCAAGGCCAUAGAAUUAAUAAUACAAGAUUUCAAUAGAAGAAAUCAAAAAUUAAUAUUUUUCAAUUUACGUCCACGUCUCUUGAAAGUGUUCAAAACUUUAAAAUCUCAAUUUGUAUUAUGUUAUUCGUUGAAUUGUAUUGAGAAAUUGUUGGACGAUCAAUCGAAUGGAUUAACAGCAGUGAACGGUGUUAAUGUUCAUGAAGUCACCGAACUGUAA